UCUCAUAUAUUUUUCAUGUACCGGAACUUGCAGGUGCGUGAGUUAUGCGCUUCCGGUUUUGGGAGACUUUUGUUUUGGUUCGUGAGUGGAGUGAUAUUUUGGUUUGUGCACAUGAACGCUUUGAGAAGACCUAAGAUGAAUCUUGGCACGGACAAGGGUUCAGAAGAAAUAACGAAGGAAGAGUGGCUGGAGAAACUCCAGGACAUCCACAUCACCCGGGCAGACAUGAACAAGCUCAUCAUGAACUAUCUCGUUACAGAGGGAUUCAAGGAGGCAGCAGAGAAAUUCCGUCUUGAAUCGGGUAUCCAGCCGUCUGUUGACCUGGACGAGUUAGACGAUCGCAUCAAGAUCCGUGAAGCCAUACAGAACGGACAUGUCCAUGAAGCAAUCUCACUUGUCAACAACCUGUACCCGGAGUUGUUAGACAAUGACAGAUAUCUUUACUUCAGGUUGCAGCAACAGAAGCUGAUUGAGCUGGUGAGACAGAAGGAUGUGGAGGGGGCCCUGGAGUACGCCCAGACCCACCUGGCAGAGAGAGUCGAGGAGAACCCGGAGGUGUUGUCGGAGCUGGAGAGGACACUGGCGCUGCUGGCCUUUGAGGACCCCGAGAACUCACCCUUUGGCGAACUGCUCCACCCAUCCCAGAGACAGAAGGUUGCCAGUGAACUAAAUGCUGCCAUCCUUGAAUCCGAUUCCACUCCCAGACUUGCCAACCUCUUGAAACUGUUGCUAUGGGCACAAGAAGAACUCGACAAGAAGAAGGUGAAAUACCCCAAAAUGACAGACAUUGCAAAAGGAGUCAUUGAAGAUCCUAAAUGACUAUGCCGCCAUUCUGUAUAUCAGACUUAUUUAUAAUGGCAGUGCCAAAUCUGAUCUUUGUCCAGCAGAGGGCGAGGAUGAUCAUUCACUUCUCACACUUUGGAAUUCUACUUUCAUGUAUGUUGGAUAAGAAUCUUCACUGAAUGUUGCAUGUUCAAGGUUUGAGUUCUCCUGUGCUAGACUGUGAGCUGCAGAUGGGCGGAGAUGUGAUGGUUGAUGUAGCUUAUGAGACUGUGUGCUUCUGGUAGCCUGAGAAUUUCAUCUCUUUUGGAGUUUGCUUUAAAGGUUAUCGAUUCCAUCUUGCCAAUAAUCAUGAUAGGUCGACUGGGCUAAUGUAUCUACAGUGUCAUUUUUUUAUACAAUCAAUAAUAUCUGAAGAACAGCCUUGUUUUUGCGGUCAAAAGUCAUACAAGUCAUUGAUAUUUGACCCGCAGUUGUCACAAAUAAUCUCCAAAGACAUCAUCUCAUCAUUAUACUGUUCAUAAGAAGUUAAAGAACACCUGACUCUUUCAUAUUACUGUAGUUUAUCUGUCAUGCCAUGGGGGCGGUCGGGUAGCCUAGUGGUUAAAGCGUUCGCUUGCCACGCUGACAUGGGUACAAUGUAUGAAGCCCAUUUCUGGUGUCCCCCGCCAUGAUAUUGCUGGAAUAUUGCUAAAAGCGGCUUAAACCAUACUCACUCACUGUCAUGCCAUGACAGAUCAGUUACAGUGGUAUGAAAGAAUCCGAUGGCCCUUAACUUUUUUUAAGUAGUAUAUGGGAAAACGUGUUGGAGAGUCCAGCAAAGCAGCAAACCAAAGUGCUGACUGAACAUUUUUUUACUUAUAUACAUCUCCUCUCCGAUUUGAAAAUGUAUGGAUGCCACACACACAUUUACCAUGGUAUCAGCAGAUGACUUCAGUCCCUGUAGAACCCAUUGUCUAGCUAUGUUAUCAUGAUGAUGUGGUCUGUUGUGCUGGUGUUUUUAACCUAAUGUAAUCUUAAUGUAGUCAUCGGUUUUGUAACGUGGUGAGAGAAAAAUAGGAAUGCCACAAUAAGCUACAAGUUUGUAAUCAUGGUUAUUGAGGAAAUGGGGGGGGGGGGGGGGGGUGGCUACAUGUUUACCCCGAGUUAUGUGCACAGAUGAAGGUGAUCAGGACUUUGCAGGGACAUGAUUUAUAUGUGUAAAUGGUGUAAAUGGUAGGUUUUUGGGGCGUAAUGAACUGAAUGUUUUUUUAAACCCAGGCACCAUUCAACUAGGAUCUGGCGACUGUGCUUGUAAUAAGAGGCAACUAACGGGAUCGAGUAGUCACACUCACUGACUUGGUUGAUGCAUGUCUUCGUAUCCCAGUAAAAGGCGACUAUGGUUGUCGUAAGAGGCGACUAACGGG